AUGCAAACAUCAAAUGCUACUUCGCUAACCCCCUGCCAUGUGGCUGUGAUCGGUGCCGGCGCCGCCGGUCUCGUGGCGGUGCGUGAGCUACGGCGUGAGGGUCACCAAGUGGUUGUCUUUGAGAAAGAUAGCCAAAUUGGGGGCACAUGGUUGUAUACUCCACGGGUCGAACCCGAACCACUUGCGCUAGACCCAACCCGACCCAUCGUCCACACCAGUUUAUACAAGUCCCUCCGGACCAACUUGCCGAGAGAGUCGAUGGGCUUUAUGGAUUAUCCGUUCGUGACCCGAGCGGGUAAAGGGAGCGAUCCGAGAAGGUUUCCUGGUCAUACAGAAGUGUUGAAGUAUCUGCAAGAUUUUGCAAGGGAGUUUGGGAUUGAAGAAAUGGUGAGGUUUGAGUGUGAAGUGGUUAGUGUGGAGAUGGUUGACAAUGGGAAAUGGAAACUCAAGUCAAAAAAGAAGAGACUUGAAGACGAUGAUUUUUUUCUUGAUGAGGUUUUCGAUGCUGUUGUUGUUUGUAAUGGACAUUUCACAGAGCCUCGUAUUGCUGAAAUUCCUGGCAUCAACUUGUGGCCCGGGAAGCAAAUACAUAGCCAUAACUAUCGCACUCCUGAUCUUUUCAGGGAUAAAGUUGUAAUUCUAAUUGGCAGUUCCGCAAGUGCUAUUGAUUUAUCCCUUGAGAUUGGUGGAGUUGCCAAAGAGGUGCACAUUACAUCUAGAUCGGUUGCCAAUGAUACAUAUGAAAAAUGGAUUGAAUGUGAUAAUGUAUGGCUACAUUCUAUGGUAAGAGUACCAACUAGAAUUGAGAGUGAAUACAAGAAGGCUAUCAUAAGAAAGUUUGCGGAGACCCUGGUGCUGGGAGAUAUAGAAAGUGUACACAAAGAUGGUACUGUGGCCUUCCGAGAUGGGUACAAGUAUUACUUUCGGUUCCUUAAAACCAAUGGCAUGGUGACUGUGGAUGACAAUCGUGUUGGUCCACUCUACAAGCAUGACAUGAUGGAAGAUGUUAACUCCUUUUACUCAACACUUGAAGCUUCUGGUGUACCCAAGCGUCACACUCAUAAUAUGGGGGAUACAAUGAGAUUGCAUGCCAAUCCAAAGACAUUCCGCGAUGAAUGGGAAGAUGACAACCUGGUCUUGCAAGCCCGUGAAGAUUUCAGUAAAUACAUCUCAAAAAAUGUUGCUAAUGGUAACAUUAGUGAGUAA